UCUAAAUUUUAUGAAAAAAGUGUAUGACCUGUACAAAUGUUGUACUCCUGUGGCCAUAAAAUCAGAGUAGAGUUUCUUCAGACAUCCAGAUGCUUUUAGCUUCUACAUGCAGUGAGGAAGAAGAAUUAGUUGCUUCUCUAUUGUUCAACAUAUUGUCAUCCUGUAUGAAAAUGAACUGCACCUUUGUUCCUGCAGGCUGUUUCUGUGAUUUAGAACCCUGAUAUUGUAAUCUAAUAUCGCUUGCAUGUUUAAGCUGUUAACCAUCCAUGACUGACUGACCUAAUCACAUUCAUACAGCAGAGCAGUGUUCACUGGGGUUGUGCAGUGAUCCAGAUUUGAAGGAGAAAAGAUGAUUCGAACUAUGCAGAAAUACACAAGUUUUAUCUAUCAUCAGCUUCUUAAAAAGAAAGUUGCUGCACAAUGCCACAAAAAGACAUGCUUGAUUUCCGGAGAUAACAGCAGGUCUUCCACCAGACCAGAAGUUGCUAGCAUAGAUGCUAUAGAACAAGAUAACCCUCAGUGUUCACAGAAGGCUAUUAUUCAAGCCAGAUCAUCACAAAUAACACGGCUUACAAGUAUUAUUUUGGCUGAAGAUGUUUUGACUGGCCAGGUCCUUCGCUGUGAUGCUAUAGUGGAUGUUAUUCAUACUAUUAACAUAGUAUCUACAACAAAGGAAUUGUAUCUUGAGGAUUCACCACUGCAGCUGAAAAUUCAAGCCAGAGAUUCUGAAGGAAACACUUUUAGCACAUUGGCAGGACUUCCUUUUGAGUGGACCAUUGUGAAAACCUCUGAAACUAAUGAAUUCUCAGAUUUCCAUAAUGCACUACAAAUUUUAAAAUUUUCUGAAUCAACAUAUAUACCACCUUCAUAUAUAUUGGAGAUGGAGAAAGUUGAAAAACAAGGAGAUAUUGUUUUAGUAUCUGGAAUGAAAACAGGGAGUUCAAAACUCAGAGCAAGACUAGAGGAAACUAUGUAUAAGCAUGUGCCUGGAGCUGAAGUCAGAUUAUUUAUUUUGGAAAACAUCAUUUUAAAUCCUGCUUAUGAUGUCUACCUGCUGGUAGGAAUGUCAGUGCAAUACAAAGUCAUGAAAAUUAGGCGAGGGAAAAUGACAGGACUAAUCAUGCCUUCUGAUCAAUAUGAGCUACAACUUCAGAACAGCACACUCAGCUCUGGGGGAGGUACAGCCUGGCCAGUUGCCAGAUUGGAUCAGGCAACAUGCACAGUUACUGCAUUGCAGCGGGGACAGGCAAAUCUUGUACUUUCCCACAAAAGUGUAUUUAUGCAAGGAGCUUCUAAAUUACCCAAUGGCACCAUUUUUGUUGUGGAGCCAGGAUACCUAGGAUUUUCAAUUCAUCCUGGUGAGAGAUGGGUGCUGGAAACUGAGAGGUUCUAUGAAAUCACUAUUGAAGUAUAUGACAAAUCAAGCAAUAAAGUGUAUUUAUCUGAGAACAUCAGAAUUGAUACGUACUUCUCAAGAGAAUAUUUUGAAGUUGUGAGGUCUUCUCUGAAUGGUUCAUAUCACUAUGUAAAAGCAAUAAAAGAAGGACAUAUUAUUCUUGAUGCUAAACUAACAUCUAUUGUAGAUCAGGAUGGAGGUGUGCACACCUUUUCUGUUCCUGCACAAAAUCAACAAGAAGUAGAUAUCUAUGCUCCCAUUGUUCUUCAACCAAGCAUAUUGACCUUUCCAUGGCAAGCAAAAGCAGGAGCAUAUCAGUACAGAAUCCUGGCUUAUGGUGGGAGUGGAAAUUUUACUUGGACCUCAUCUCAACAAAAUGUUGCUUCAAUUACAAUUAAGGGCGUAAUGACAACUGGGAAUGAAAUUGGUGUCAGUGUCAUUCAUGCCAGAGAUGUUCAGAAUCCUUUACACCAUGGGGAAAUGAAGGUUUAUGUGAUAGAACCCAGUGAUAUGAAGUUCACACCUUGUCCAGUUGAAGCACAUGUAGGCCAGACACUGGACCUGCCUCUGAAGAUUAUUGGUGUAAUGAACAAGGAAACCAAUGAGGUGGUCACUCUAAGUGAUUGCUCACAAUUUGAUUUAGUUGUCAACAUUGAAAAUCACGAUGUGUUCAGUCCAUUUCAAGGAAGACUGAAGCCAACUUCUGAAUACUGCAGUGGGAUCAGAGUUAAAGCUGAAACCCAAGGGCAUUCCUCACUUGUUGUUAGUUAUACUCAUGACCAUAUUUACCUCAGUGCCAGUAUUACCAUAGCAGCCUACCUGCCAAUAAAAAUUAUUGACCCUAUUUCUGCUGCUUUGGUAACUUUGGGUUCUUCUAAAGAUAUCCUCUUUGAAGGUGGACCCAGACCCUGGAUUCAAGAGCCAACUAAGUUCUUCAGAGAUACCAAUACGGAAUAUCCAGAAAAUGUUGGCUUACAUUUACUAGGACCAGCUACAUCUAGGAAUUAUUUCCAGCAUUGGGCUAGAGCAACAUGUAAAGCCCUUGGGGAUCAUGUAAUUUCACUAACAAUUGGCAACAAGCCCUCUGUAACCAACCCUUUUCCAGCUGUUGAGUCAGCUGAUGUGACAUUGAUUUGUGCCACUCCUUCUCGGCUUUCCUUGGCACUUGUAUCUGCUGAUCCUGAGAUGGAUGUUUCCUGUCCCUUCCUUCAUCAGGACAAACAAGGGGUUCCUAUUUCCAUUUUCCGCAAUCCAGUAUUGGAGCUAGAUGUUUAUGAUCAUCAGGGGCAUAAAUUUGACAAUUUUAGUUCUCUAACUAUAACCUGGGAUUCAACAAACCAUUUACUAGCUAGCAUAGAGGCCAGGAUGCCUAUGGAACUGUCUAUGAAAGAUCACGGAAACAGUCAGAAGAAAAUGCAAGGUCUGCAAACUGUUUUAGUUCAUCAUAAACCAGGAGCAACAAUAAUAUCAGCUACUGCAGUUGGCUAUCAGCAUAUUCAUUUGAUUACCAAUGAAGUAAAGAAACCGUAUGAAGCUCUUUUACCUGUAAAUGCAGGUAUUGAACUAAUACUUGUGGAAGAUGUUAAAAUGAGUCCUAAAGAAGUGACUAUUUAUAAUCAUCAGACAGUUAAGGCCGAACUGAUUAUUAAUGGGGGCUCUGGAUAUUUUUUUAUUAAUACCAGUGUUGUUGACAUUGUUAAAAUAGUAUAUGAAGAAGGUAAAGACAUUGCUCUGAUUUAUCCCUUAUAUCCAGGGUCAGUAUCUGUAAUGAUACAUGACUUGUGUCUUGCGUCUUCCACCAUUGCUAAAACUGACGUGUAUGUUUCUAAUAUACAAGAAGUAUAUGUUGGAAUUGUUGAUAAGGUAGAAAUUGGCAAAAAUGUUAAAGCCUAUGUCCGAGUGCUGGAUGCUUCGAAGAAAUACUUUCAUAGUAAAAACUUCAAAUUCAUGGACUUAACACUAAAAGCAGCAUCUCAGAUUAUUUCCUUAAAAGCCCUUGAUGAAACUUCUGAUGAAUACACAGCUGUUUUUCUUGUGCAAGGCAUGGCCAUAGGUCAAACUAGUGUUACAGGAGUUGUCACGGACAGAUACGGUGAAAAGAUCUAUUCAGUUCCACAGCAGAUUGAGGUAUUUCCUCCUUUUAAAUUGAUACCAAAAAAGGUCACCUUACUCAUAGGCGCAGUGAUUCAAAUUACUUCUGAGGGAGGGCCACAGCCUCAGUUCAACAUAAUCUUUUCCAUCCAUGAUCCCAGCAUUGCUUCCGUAAACAACAGUGGCUUUAUAAUUGGCAAAGCCGUGGGCAACAGUACCAUACUGGGAAUGGUCCAAGCAGUUCACGCAGAAGCUGGCAAGGUUGUGGUUGCAUCCCAGGAUAAAGUUGAAGUUGAGGUAAUCCAGCUUGAAGCUGUCAGAAUCCAUGCACCCAUUACUCGAAUGAAAACUGGAACUCAGAUGCCAGUAUAUGUGAUGGGGAUUGCUAGCAAUCAGACACCUUUUUCAUUUGGAAAUGCAGUGCCAGGCUUAAGAUUUUAUUGGUCUGUCACUACGAGGGAUAUCUUGGAUGUCAAGUCAAAAUUCAGUGAGGCUUCCCUUCAGCUUUCGGUGGAAAAUAAUUUUGCAGUAGAUGUUUAUGGAAAAGGGAAAGGGAAAACGGGGCUGAAGGUUAUUGUGAAAGUCCUUGAUCCUUCAGCUGGACAGUUCUCAUACAUGGCCAAAGAAUUGACAGAUGAAAUUCAAAUACAGGUGUUUGAGAAACUAGUUAUCCUGGGAAUAGAAGUAGAGCAGAUAUUAAUGUCAACAAACUCCUUUUUUAAAGUUCAAACAAACAGGGAUGGAGCCGCUUUUCUAACUUACCGUGUACUGGACAGUCAAGACAAGGUUCCUGUGGUAGAAAUGGAUGAAAGUGGUCAUCUUAGUUCUCAUUCUCAGAUUGGACUAUCAACAAUAGAAAUAAUUUCCCAAGAAUCAUUUGGAAUCAACCAGACCCUUGUUGUUGCUGUCAAGGUAGCUCCUAUUUCCUAUCUGAGAAUAUCCAUGAACCAUAUUUUCCAUAUAAAAAAUCAUGAACCUUUAAUAGCAUUACCAUUGGGCAUCACUUUGAGUUUGACUAUCCACUUCCAUGACAAUUAUGGCGAUACUUUCCACUCACAAAAUUCCAUGCUUCACUUUGCAAUCAACAGAGAUGAUUUUUUACAGGUUGGGAAAGGGACCUCUAACAAUACUUUGGUACUUCGAACAAUGAACGUUGGACUAAGUUUGCUUAAGGUUUGGGAUGCGGAACACAAUAUUGCAGACUAUGUCCCUCUUCCUGUCCAACAUGCCAUCUUCCCUGAGCUCACUAAUAUUGUUGUAGGUGAUGUCAUGUGUUUAACCUCCUCACUGGUAAACCAAGAUGGUUUAUCAGGAACAUGGAGUUCUUCAAACAGUAUUCUUCAGAUUGAUUCAAAAGCCGGAGUAGCUGUAGCAAGGAACUCUGGAAGUGUUAUAAUAUAUUAUGACCUAUCUGGAUUGUGUAAGACAUAUAGGGAGGUGUUAAUUAAUGAACCUAAAAGGAUUGUGGCAACACAUGUAAGUGGAAUGAAAACAAAUCUUCAGGAUACUUCAAAAGUUAUACUUCAAAUUGGAGAUAGAAGUAAAAAUUUGAAAGGAGAAUGCUCAAGUGCCCAAAAUGAAGUAAUUGAAAAAAUGAAACCCCAGUCUAUGGUCAACUGUCAGCUUAAUUUCAACAACAAUGUUUUUGAUUUCCAAGCUUCUGAAAUUGUUGCAGCUGAACCCAUGUUUGAUACAGCUUUAGGACAGUAUACUUGUUCCAUCAGAGUGCUCAGACUAGCUGACAAGCAGCUAAAACAACUCACCAUGAGCAAAACUGGCAUCACCAUCACACCUUCUCUCCAAGGCAGCCAUUCCUUAGAGCAAAUUAGCAUUGAAGUGCCAUUUAAUCCAGGAUUCUAUGCUAAUCAAACUGAAUUUAUCCUAACUAAUCAUUACACAAGUUCUGACGUAAAGAUCUUUGGAGCUGCUGAAGUUCUUAAACAUCUUGAAGUGAGAUCCAGCUCACCUCUGGUGGUAGUUUUUGAGAAAGAGAGAUUCUAUGGCUUGCCUAGUUAUGUAACCUACACCGUGAGUUUAUCAGACCCAGAAAUUGCAAGUAAAACAAAUUUAAAUACUGUACUUACUAUAUCCAGCACAAUGACGGAGCAGUCUCUCGCUAUCCCUGUGACAAUUACUUAUGUGUCUGACAGAACUCUGCCAAUGAAAUAUAAUACAAGUUUAUUCCAACACUUUCUUGAUUCCUAUCAAGUUAUCUUUUUUACGGCUUUUGCACUUUUGGCUGGAUUGGCUGUUAUGAUCAUAGUGCACUAUACUCUUUUCUCGCCAAAUGAACAGCAAAUACAUCCAGCUUUUAUCACAAAGACGAGUCCUCAAAGACCACAUAUCGGAACCCCUGUUAGUCCUACAACUUCCUUCAGCCCUAUAUGUUCAAGUCAACAAAAGAGUUCUCCCAACAGAUUAUGGAGUCCUCCAUAUUCUUCACAAUGAAAAUCUUUCUGACAAAAACAAUGUUUUAAUUUUAAGUAAUGUGGACAUUUGAACCAUAACAUGUAAUGCCUUGGUUUAUAAAAUUUUCUUUAGAUUCAUGAUAACCUUAAGGGGAAGAAAAUUCAGUCAGUACCUAUGUUGAGCCACUCUGCUUAUCUGCUUCAGUUAAUUUCGACUAGAAUUUAAAAUUGCUGUACAUGCGUGGUGGCAUCUGUGUGGAAAAUAUGAUUUUAUGAUUUUAUAAGAAGGCUUGAUAUCAGAGACAUAAUGAAAGGGUAAACCCCAACAUAAAAAAAGAAGAAAAAUGUUAGUUUGAAUUCAGAUUAUAUUAUUUUAUUUUUUGAGGCUCAGGGAUGAAAUGUUCUGCACUGAUACCUUUUUUGCACUAUUUAGUAUUAGCAUUUGAAGUUGCUGGCUUUAGGAAGUAGUUUUGCUUUAAUAGCUAUGUUACCUAUUUAUAUAGGUAACAAAAGAAGGGUAGGUAGGUAUUUAGAUAGGGACUGUGUGUAUGUGUGUAUGUGUGUGAAGAGAGAGGGGUGAUUUUUUUUAAUUUCUCAUAAAAUUAUUAAUAUAGUUUCAAUCAGGUGAUACUGCAUAAUCUUUUGUUAUCCUUUAUUAUACCAAACUGCAUUUUUUUAAAAAGUUAUUUUAAUCAUUUUUCCCUAAAAAUAUUGUUAGCCUAACAAAGAGAAGAUUGCAUUUUAUGUGUUUUAGUAGUGUUAAAUACCUCAGCAGGCUUUCCAUAUGCAACUGGUGACUUAUAAACAUUACUUGGAUCAGGGAACUUUUUCUUUGCACUACUGAGUUAAUGUGAAUGCUACCUUUUCUACUGAAAUCAGAGUUAUUGCUCAUUUCAGAAAGGAGUUUAGCACGUGUAUAGAUAUCCUGAUGACCUAGAUAGCUGGUACAAUUAAUACUAAGCAAACUAAUUUUACUCAACAAUAGGAAUUUUAUUAGGUCUCAAAUCUGAACAUGUAUGGGUAACUCAGACAAAAUUUGCUUUUCAGAAGCCAACCGUCUGAAGUAUAAACAUUAUUUUUAUAAGACUUUUUUCUCAGCUACUAUUGUUCAGUUCGUUUUCUUUUUGCAUAUUUCCAUCCAUGGGCUGCAGCAAUGCUGACAGUUAAAGUAGUAAAGAAUUUCAAAAUUCAGUACCAGCCAAGUAAAAAAUGUGACUUAUAAAACUAUGUUCCACAGAGGCUUGUUUUUUCUAGAAUUCCCCCAAAGCAAAGAAAAAAGAAAAGACGAACCAACACAUCACCACUCUAUAGGGCCAAAGAGUGGGUCACUGCAAAUAUUAACCUACUAGAAAACAAUAUUGCCUAUGAAGUACAAAGAACCCCUUUUUCAUAGCUGUCACAUUACAAUUAUAUGAUUACAACUGAAAAACUAUUCCAAGUGAAUAUUCUAAACAUAUUUAUUUGUAUUAUAAAACACAACCUGUUAUCAUGGGAUUUUUUUUGCAUUAUUUAGCAUAAGAUUCUGAAAAAGUAUUGUGGAAUAAUCUUGGAUAGGUUCAAAAAAGGAUGGCAAAGCUGGUCAUCUACCUGGUACUCACAUCAGACCAAAAGCAUGUGUGUGGUGAUGGGAUAAGUUUUCAGCUGUGAGAUUAUAAGUGAGAAACUCUUUUUAGCAAUGAAAUGUGGAUUGAGCAUAUGACAAAAUGGUGCCAGCUGACCUGGAUCUUCCAUAUCACUUGGUAAGAACUUUCCACCUAGGUGAGCCUGGGUUGCCACUGUACCCCUCCAGUUGGUCAUGUUCUCUUAUUCUAACACUGUAAGAAUUGUGAUUUUGAGUCUGCUUAAUUGUGAAUGUAUAUAUGGACUAUAUGAACACAGAAUUAUGAAGACAUUUCAUAGAAGUUAAAACUUCGAUUGUUGAUAAAGGUUUUGACUGUGUUUAUUAUUUAAAAAGAUUAGCCAUUUUUUCUAUAUUUCUGACAUG